CUAAAAGUUCUGCGCAUCUAAGCUGAUGUGUCGCUCAUCUCGUAACUGUAAACACAACGAUUUGACAUAUAAGCUUACAUUUUAAAAUUGGGUUGAACUGUUCAUGUUAACUGCUCAUGGCAGAUUUCAACAUUGUAAAAGCAGGAUGGCUUCAAAGACAGAGUUCAAUUCUGCGAAGGUGGAAACGUAACUGGUUUGUCCUCUAUCAAAAUGGUGACUUGAAAAUGUUUGAGAGUGCCGACAGCCAUUACUCGGAGUGGACUCUGGUGAUGAAGAUCGAAUGUCUGGCUAUUCUGUCUGGAGAACAGUGUGGUGUCACUCCCCCAGAGGGCACUGGUAAAGAGUGUCUGCUGAAGAUCGUGGGAAGAGGCAAUAACACUUACCAACUGUGUGCUGAUACGUUAGAUGAUAUGACUGCCUGGAAGAUAGCAUUAGAACAGGCCAGAGUCCUGACUACAAGGAGCACCAAGGAUGCCCCACCCACAUAUUCUGAAGCAGUCGGCACUACAGGAACAAAUGGGGGACAGUUCCCUUACUCCCAACCCCAAACCUUGGCUUCAGCACCUCCAUAUGUACAUGUGUAUCAAGAGAACAUGUGCAGUGGUGCUGGGUAUUCACAACAGCACACGGUGGCGGCUUCUACUCCAUAUCCCCAACAGCAAAUGGCAGCGGCCUCUACUCCAUAUCCCCAACAGCAAAUGGCGGCUUCUACUCCAUAUCCCCAACAGCAAACUGCAGCGGCUUCUACUCCAUAUCCCCAACAGCAAAUGGCGGCGGCUUCCACUCCAUAUCCACGCCAGCAAGUAGCAUAUAGUUAUCCUGGCCAAGUUUACUAUGGGUCAAACCCACCUCCCAUAGUUCAACACUCUGGACAGCAGCAAGUGGUGUACGUAGACGGAAAUUAUUAUCCCGUAGAUGGAUGCAGACGCAGAAGAAACAGCAUAGAUGGCAGUGACGUGGCGUUGGGGAUGGUCGCUGGAGCUGCUCUGGGAUCGAUGAUGUUCAUGCCGCUGUAUUGGUAGCUGCUGUGACCUUGACAUUAUCAGACUAAAAUAGAGGAGGUUCACUGACUUGGUUUGUGAAGAGUAGAGAAGUCUGUUGAAUGCAAAGGCAGUGGAGAUUCCAUUUGUAGAGAAAAUGACAUACUUUACAUUUUACUUCAAUUAUUUUUGAAUAUAUGAUAUAAUUUUUUUGUCCGUUUAUUUCAUUUUAUAAUUUUAUUUCUCAGUUAUUUUUGUCUUGGUAUCUUUGAGCACACUUGUUGGCUCAAUCUAGUGGCAUAUAUGAUGGUACAUUUAUAUGUUAUUUCUAAUAUGUACAUAAUAUGUUUACCUUUGGAAAAAAAUGUGAUUUUUCAUUGUAUUUCUCUGCGGUAAAAAAGCGAUUUUAAGAUAGUGAAGAAUUUGAUAAGGAAAAAGUCUGUGAGUGAAGUAUUCCUUUUUUUCUUGGCAAAACAAUCUCCUGCAUUUCUUUAAUGAGACAUUCUUUCAUAUUGGGGAGGGAGGAGGAAGCCUGAUGGGUUGUAAAUAGAAACUUUGGAAAAACCAGUUGCUAUGGACAUUCCAGUAAGAUUUUAUGAGUUGUUAUUUUCAAUGAAGUGUGUGUAUUACCACCAGCAUGUUUUGAUGUGCCCAGUCUAGUUGUUGGGACCUAGCCAGGAGGUGAUAAGUCCUCUCUGAUCCUGCAGUUGGGUUUGGCCUCCAAAUGGAGAUUUAAAAAUAUCAUGUAGUUUGACAUUUUUCUCAGACUGGACUUGAAUCAUAAUAUGUGUAGUAUGUUAUACUUAAAACAAGGACUCUACAGCUGAUGAUUGGAUCCUUUUGAUCAAACUUCUACAGCUGAUAAUAUUUCUUUAAUUCUGGGUUUACUGUCUCUCGUGACAUUUAUUUCUUUAUUUAUUUAUGGUGAGAGGGAUAAUAUACAGACACAAUCUCACACUGUUUUACUGCAGUUUUCUUCCUUUUUUAAUCAAGAGUAGAGGCUACAGUGUCAUUCUGUUUGUUUGAGUCCUAUAUCUAAAAGUCAGAUAUUUGCAUUUACCUUGAAACAUUGAAAUUUGAUUUUCUUCAGUUUGAUAUCUUUUGAAAUACACCUGUCUGUGGUACUCGUUAGCAAUUCUGUAUUUGUGGAUUACAGCGUCCUCAUUAUAAGUGAGUUACAUUAUUUUGGUUCAUAAAUUCAUAUUUUCCCUAUUUAUUCUUGUUAUAUAUUCACGAUGUCAAAUAAAGAAAGCUUUUGUCUCUGUGUAAUGGAGUAUUUUCAUUUAUUCAAUAUAUGACAAAUAUGUUGCACUUUGAAAUGUCUGGUAGCUUUUUGUAAGCAUUUUAUAUACUCUAGAUAUUGAGAAAUGUAUGUUUUUUCCAAAAUAUGUUCUUGUAUAUUUUUAUCAGCCAUCUGUCUCUCUAUGUAUAUUCUGGAUGUGAUUAUAUAUACUAGCAAUUAUAAAAUAUCCUUUUUCUCAGAUAUGUUACUUUAUCCCUUAUAUGUGAAUAAACUUUUGCAAAUAAA